AUGAAGGCUCCAGAAGCCACUGUGCCUCUAACCGAAUGCGCUCCGAAGGUCAAGUUCACCCCCGCCAAUGCCAACAACCAUUUAUUCCAUCGCGCCAGAGUAGGAGACGAGAUCGAAAUAGAAAAUAAUAACAGCAGAGUAAUUUAUGAGUUCAAUCUUCUUGGACUUUCUAAUUUUGGAGAAUAUCAGAUUCCCAUGUCAAUAUUUUUUUUUAUCAUAAAUGUUUUGACGAUAUUUGGUAACCUUUUCAUCUUUGAUAUUAUCAGGAGAGACAGAUCCCUCCACAACCCAAUGUACUUUUUCUUGAGCCACCUCUCUUUUUUGGAUAUGACCUCCUCCUGCAUUAUUCUCCCAAAAAUGCUUGCCAACUACCUGACAAACACUCGCUCAAUUUCCUACGUUGGCUGCUUAAUCCAGCUGUAUUUUUUUAUUACAUUUCUAGCCACAGAGUGCUUUUUGUUGACUACCAUGGCAUAUGACCGCUAUGUUGCCAUAUGCAACCCACUUUGUUAUGCUCUAAUUAUGAAUUCCAAGUUAUGCAUUGUAAUGGCAGUGUGUUCAUGGAUGUUUGGACUAAUGUAUGCAAUGUUGCACACUAUCCUUAUAGCAAGAUUGGAUUUCUGCCACUGCAGAGAAAUUACUAAUUACUUCUGUGAUCUCCCACCAUUGCUUCGUAUUUCCUGCACCAAUAUUUUACAAAACAUUGUCCUCAUUUUCCUUGGAGGAGUGCUCAUUGGUGUAAAUUCUUUAAUAUUCACACUGUUGUCCUAUAUUCACAUCAUGUUAAGUAUACUGAGAAUUCAUUCUGUUAAAGGACGCUACAAAGCUUUUUCCACCUGCGCAUCCCAUAUUAUUGUAUUCACCCUCUUUAUAUCUUCUCUUGUGGCAGUCUAUUUUCAACCAGUGUCUACUUACUCUCUGUAUGGGGACCGUUUAUUGUCACUAGUUUACACUGUUCUUACACCAUUGUUAAAUCCUUUAAUCUAUUGUAUACGAAAUGCAGAUGUUAAAAAAGCAAUUGGCAAGAUGUUGUCACUUCAGAGGCAGAGAAUGUGUUUGAUUAUUGCUCAGAGUAGAGCAGUUGGAAAGCUUGGAAUAGCAGAUGUCUGUCUUUAUUAA